AUGUAUCAUCUCGUCGGCUCCCGUCUAAAGCUGAGGCUGGACAGUCAGAUGGAGAAAGGUUCCUUCAUCAACUCUCAGCUUGCAGCACACUAUCUCGCUGACUCCUCUACAUCCUCCUUGAUUGUCACCAACCCUGAUGUACUACGUAACUCUGGUUCCAUGAUCCUACAACAUCUACAGAACAUCACACCAGGACUUGCGAUUGGAAUGGAGUGUGCUGUCAUGUACAACAUCGCCCGUCGUAAGUCUAUGGAAACUACAAAUUUGCUCUCUCAACUUUCGUUAAUGGGUAGGUACUCCACCCCACUUUCCGCUUGGAGCAUUAUUCUAAGCAAGAACAACGUACUUCUCAACUGCUACAAGAAAGCUAGUGAACAAAUUGAGUUUGGAAUGGAGAUUAACUCUAAUCUCAGAUCCACAGUGUUCCAAACUGUGGGAACUUUAGGUUUCAAGGUUACUCUACCCGACCGUGGAGUUAUACUCAGAGGCAGUGUCGAUACCAAUACUAAUGUCGCCUCCGUUUAUCAGAAAAGAAUCUGUAACACUCCGUUUGCCAUAUUGAAUUUGUUUGGUAUCUAG